UAUUAAUUAUUUUAUAUAUGAAUUAAUGUUAUUUCAAAAAUAAGAAGGAUAAAAUUGGGAAGUAUAGUAGUUUUGGAGAAAAAAAUCUUGAUUAUUGUGGGUUAUUUAAACAACUUCCAUUUAUUGUAAUUAUGAAAAUAUAUCUAGUGAUUUUUUCCUAAUUUAGGUUAAUCAAGAUAAAUAUCUAUUUUCUUUAAAAGCUGAUAUAUAUCACUCUACAAAAUUUUACAUAUCUCAAAAAAAGCUAUCAUUAACCAACAGUCAUGAUAAACUCAUCCAGAAAAAAUCUCAAUUCUUAUUUCUGCUCAAUUUUCACUAUGUCCAUAGUUGUGAUAUCUUUGAUAUGUUCAGAAGCUUUUCCAAUUCAACAAGCUAAAGAACCACCUCGAGGUCAUCUUACGAGAGUCACGAUUCAAAAUGAUAACGACUAUCUUCUUGGAAUCCAUUGUAAAUCAAGAGAUGAUGAUUUAGGAUUUCACAUUCUUGCUAAAGGUGAAUUAUUUGGUUGGAAGUUUCAUGUCAAUUUUCGUUAUUCAACGCUCUAUUUUUGUGGUUUUAGCCAAGGAAAAAUAAAGAAAGGCGUGUUCGAAAUUUACAGAGCGAAUAGAGAUUUUUAUAGAUGUGCAAAUUGUACAUGGAAAGCUGAAAAGGAUGGUGUUCAUGGAUAUACCGAUAUUCCUAAGAAAAGUUAUUUAUUUUAUAGUUGGUUAAAGUAAUGUAAAAUUGAGUUAUUUAAGAAGAAAAAAAUGUAAUGCAGUUGCUUAAAAUAUAAAUAAAAGUAUAAUCUAUGAAUAUUAUUAUUAUUAUUUCUUUUGUGAGAGCAGUUUCUAAAAUUCUUGUUGAACCUCGUUUAAAUUUCCCUCAUUCAAAAAACUUCACCAACAAUUAGAACCUUGAAUCGGAACUCUCAACAUUUAUUAAUUAACUUGAAGUCUUGAAGAAAAUAAAAAGGGCGAGAGAGAGGGAUGCCUAAAAACAAAUUUAUUCAGUGGAAGCGAUCACGCAUGUCCCACACAAAACACAACUCAUUCCAGUAGUCACAAUUAGGCCUGCGCGUUCGGCUAAACCGGGUUGUUCGGAUCGGGUUAUUCGGUUUGAGGGAAAUUCGGUUUUUUAAAAAUCCCACCGAAUAGACCCGAAUUGAAAUUCGGUUCGGGUCGGUUCGGUAAUCGGUUUGUUCGGGUCAGUUAUUAGCUAAAAUUUUUGUUUUGAACAUGAGCCGGGUUUUUUAUUUCUCCGGUUUAUUCGGUUUUUACU